AUGGAGUUACUCAACCCAGAUCUUGAGAAAAACAUCACUUUUGUGCAUCCUGCUUAUUUUAUAAUAAGUGGAUUUAUUGGCAUACCUGAUAUGAAGUAUUAUUAUGUCUUUCUCUUUGUUGUUUACAUUGUUUCAGUGCUGGGAAACACAGCUGUGAUGUUAAUAUGUUUGGAUCAUAAGCUAAGAACUCCAAAAUAUAUUGUGGUGUUUAAUUUAGCAUUUGCAGACCUGGUUGGUAGCUCUGCUUUGGUGCCAAAAGUAUUUGACAUUUUUCUGUUUGACCAUCGCAACAUUCCUUACAAUGAAUGCUUUACAUUUAUGUUUUUCUGUUACACCUUCCUUGCAAUGCAGCCUUUUAAUCUGGUUGCCCUUGCCUAUGACAGACUGAUAGCCAUCAGUUUCCCACUGCACUAUCAUGUGAAGGUCACCCACAGGUUCAUGUUUUCUUUGAUUGCCUCUUUCUGGCUCUUAAUCAUUAGUGUUGCACUCAUUGCAGUUGCCCUUUUCACAAACCUUUCCUUCUGUAAAUCUGUGGUUAUUAACAGUUAUUUCUGUGACUAUGACUUGGUGCAGAAUCUCGCCUGCAAUGAUUUCACACUCACCUGGAUUGUUGGUUGUUUUCUAUCAGUUCUUAUUCUUUGGUUUCCACUGCUAUUUAUCUUGUCAUGCUAUUCAUAUAUUGGCUAUGCAUUGUCUAAAGUAGCUGCAGUUAAAGAAAGAGUGAAGGCCUUUAAAACCUGCUCAUCUCAUCUUACACUGGUGGCAAUCUAUUUCCUCCCUGUAAUGAUCACAUUAGCUAUUCCUGGAUCUAUAGAUCCAAAUACCAGACUCAUAAACAUGUCACUGACCUCUGUCUUUCCUCCCAUGUUGAAUCCAAUUGUUUAUGUUUUGCAGACACAAGAAAUCAAAGUAUCUGUGAAGAAAUUAUUAAAAAUCAGAAAGCAACCCAGAAACACUGUGAAGAAAGUAAUUUUAAAAUGA